UUUAACCGUCGUCUUCUCCAUUUCCGUUUCGUGGUCCCCGUUUUCCCGCCCCCGCCAAAACCGCUGCCACGUCGUCGUCUCCCGCCAAAAAAAAAAAAGUAGGCUUUGGGAUCGCCGCCGGUGACGAUGAAGCCACUGAAGGACGCGGACGCGCAGGAGAAGGCGGCGCCGCCGCCGACGGAGUGGUACGACCCGCUGUCGUCGCCGGGGCGGCCGGUCAGGGUGUACGCCGAUGGCAUCUACGACCUCUUCCACUUCGGCCAUGCCCGCGCCCUCGAGCAGGCCAAGAAAUCAUUCCCCAACACAUAUUUGCUCGUGGGCUGCUGCAGCGACGAGAUCACCAACCUUUACAAAGGCAAGACCGUCAUGACUGAAGACGAGCGCUACGAAUCGCUUCGCCAUUGCAAGUGGGUGGAUGAGGUGAUACCAGAUGCUCCAUGGGUUAUCAAUCAGGAGUUCCUAGACAAGCACCGCAUCGACUACGUCGCUCAUGAUGCUCUUCCGUAUGCGGACACCAGUGGAGCUGCCAAUGAUGUCUAUGAAUUUGUGAAGGCCGUUGGGAAGUUCAAGGAGACGAAGCGCACCGAGGGCGUCUCGACGUCUGACAUCAUCAUGAGGAUCUUGAAGGACUACAACCAGUACAUCAUGCGAAAUCUGACCCGGGGAUACUCCCGCAAAGACCUCGGUGUGAGCUAUGUCAAGGAGAAGCAACUUAGAGUAAACAUGGGGAUCAGCAAGCUAAGGGAGAAGGUGAAGGAGCAUCAAGAGAAGUUUCACAGCGCGGCAAAGAUAGCUGGAAGCAAUCCUGUGGAGUGGAUGGAGAAUGCCGACCGUUGGAUCGUUGGGUUUCUUGAAAAGUUUGAGGAAGGUUGCCACAUGAUGGAAACCGCGAUUAAAGAUCGGAUUCAGGAGGGGCUGAAGAGGCAAAGCAGGUCGGACCCCAACCUUUCUGGGGAGGAUUCCGACUCAUAAUGGAUCCUGUAAUAUCCAGAUCAAACUGGGAAGAGAAAAAAUUGUGGAGAUCAUUUCUAGCCUUGUGUGAGAUUAGCCUCAUGUUGUAGGACAAUUAAAGUGACCGUGCAUGGUUUGUUUGUACCAAAAGGUUUUGUACUUCUGAGAACAAUAAUAAUAGUUCGUGCAAUUACUGCUCAAGGUUAUCUAUUUGCAUCUUGCACUGAUAAUCUGCAUGUUUUGCAUCUUGUACUGAAGGAUCAUGUGCGUAUCUAUGCCACAAAGGCACAAACUGAACUUUGUACAGUUUUCCUAGUUGUAUGUUGCAUCUGUUGGUAUCA